AUAUAUUCCUUCAAGCUUUGAGAAGAGAGACAGAGAAAUUUCUUGCUUAUCUGCAAUGGGAAAGACAUGCUCUUUUCAGUGCAAAGAGGCUGCAAAGUGUGAGCUUGUGGGAUUUGAAUCUCUCCCAACUUUCCUCAAAGACAAUGAGUUCAUCUUGAACUACUACCGUUCUCAAUGGCCAUGGAAGCAAACCAUUCUCAGCAUCUUCUCAAUUCACAAUGAAACCCUCAACAUCUGGACGCAUUUGAUAGGAUUCAUCAUCUUCCUCACUCUCACCUUAUGCACAAUGCACGCCUUUGCUCCAUUAACCUUCAGUCAGAGCUCAUCAGAUAAAGUCAUGAUCUUGAAUACUACUUCUGCCACAAUAUUCAGAGCUCAAGUUCCAGCCAACCAAACCAACAUCAUUAAUCUCCUGAGUAUUAUGAAAGAUGAUGAUGUGCUUGAGAGUAUGAUUACACGUUGGCCAUUCUAUGCAUACUUGUUUGGAGCCAUGUUUUGCUUGUUAACAAGCAGUGUGUGCCACCUUCUAUCAUGCCACUCAGAGCACUGUGCAUACACCAUGCUCAGACUAGACUACACUGGAAUCUCAACCCUAAUUGUCACCUCUUUCUACCCUCUUGUUUACUACACCUUCAUGUGUGACCCCUUUGUUCGAAACCUCUACAUCAGCUUCAUUACCAUCUUUGGUGUUGGGGCUAUUUUUGCUUCGCUUGUGCCCGUGUUUCAAACGCCAGAGUUUAGGUCUGUACGUGCAUUGCUCUUCUUUUGCAUGGGUGUAUCAGGAAUUGUGCCUAUCAUACACAAGCUGAUGGUUUUCAGCGAGGAACCGGUGGCAGUGAUGACGGCAGUGUAUGAGCUUGCGAUGGGUGGUUUCUAUGGGCUUGGGGUUGUUGUUUAUGCGACGAGGGUGCCGGAGAGGUGGAUGCCAGGGAAGUUUGAUCUUGUGGGACAUAGCCAUCAGCUCUUCCAUGUUCUUGUUAUUGCCGGAGCUUACACACACUAUCUUGCAAGUGUGAUGUACUUGAAUUGGAGAGAAAUGGACCAGUGUUAUUAGAUUUAGCAAAUAAUCACUUGGCAAUGUGUAUAAUUCUUUGAUUCAUUCAAAAUG